AUGAUGUUCCCUGGCGUCCACCCCCAGGCCAUCCACCCCCACCACCUGCCGCCCCUCAGCCACCCGCCCCCCGCCACUUGCCCCCUGCCUCGCAUGGCCACCCCGGCACCGCUGACCCCUGCUACGUCACACGGCCUGACCUUCACCCAGGAGGAGCUUGACAUGGUCCUGUACGGCUACACCAAGGGCCGGACGACGGACAAGUACCACGGCCACGCCCUCUCCGGACUUCGCUUCGGCAAUGUCAGUCACAGUAUUGACAAGAUCCUGUGUGAGAACCGUUCCUCCCCCGACAGCCACAACACCAGCCUCGGCAGCUGCCACAGCAACAGCAGUGACGUCAGCCACAACAGCAAGCACAACCCGACAGCAAAGAACAGCCUCAGGUCGCCGCACACGGACAGCAAGAGCAGCCACGACAGCCGGACACACGACAGCCGGGCACACGACAGCCGGACACACGGCGUGCCGGCACUGGACGGUGCCACACUGGACCUGCAGGACGGGCUCGCCAUCUACCAGACCAGCUUUGCGGGGACCGUCCACAUGGGCGUGUUCUGUACCAAGACGGUCAUCUCACGCGGGACCAGGUACGGGCCGUUCAAGGGCAAGGUCGUCCACACCAGCGAGACCAAGUCACGUGACGACAACAGCUGCAUGUGGGAGAUCUUUCAAGACGGUAAACUGAGCCAUUUUAUCGACGGGAGAAGUACGGCUGGCAACUGGAUGUCCUACGUGAACUGUGCUAGGUACGCUCAGGAGCAGAAUCUCAUAGCCAUACAGGUGGAGGGCGAGAUUUGGUACGAGGCCUGCAAGGACAUCCCCCAGGGGACCGAACUUCUCGUCUGGUACGGCGACUGCUACCUGCAGUUUAUGGGGGUGCCGGUGGCCCUGAAAGAGAUGGCAGACGGCGGGACGCAGGAGGAAGCCGACACCAGUGAGGGGUUUAGCUGUGAGAGGUGCGGCAAGGUGUUUGCUUACAAGUACUACAGAGACAAGCACCUCAAGUACACACGCUGUGUGGACCAAGGGGACAGGAAGUACCCGUGUCACCUGUGUUCCAGAUCCUUCGAGAAGAGGGACCGUCUCAGGAUUCACAUCCUACACGUUCACGAGAAACACCGGCCACACAAAUGUUUAGUGUGUGCCAAAAGUUUCAGCCAAUCUUCCAGUCUAAACAAGCACAUGAGGGUCCACAGCGGAGAACGGCCGUACAAGUGUGUCUACUGCAACAAAGCCUUCACAGCCUCCAGCAUCCUCAGAACACAUAUCAGGCAACAUUCUGGGGAGAAACCUUUCAAGUGCAAGCACUGUGGCAAGGCCUUCGCUUCUCACGCUGCCCACGAUAGCCAUGUACGACGUACUCACGCUAAAGAUAGACCCUGCACGUGCUCCAUCUGUGGCAAGACGUUCCAGCAAUCUUACGAGCUCAAGUUCCACAUGGGGUCACAUAUGGCACUCUGA